AUGGUGCACAAACUUCUGCUUCACAUCGCUUUAGCAGCAAGCCUCAUCUCACCUGAGCUGUCAGGCACCUCUGCCACCAAAACAAAAGCUCAAGUGAAGAACAACUCAGGUGUGACGCCAGCUGGGGAGUGUGGGACCUGGGUUAAGGAGCCUGAAGGAGGGUAUUUCACCUCACCCAACUACCCUGAGAAAUACCCACCUGAGAGGGAAUGUGUCUACAUCAUAGAAGCCUCUCCCCGACAGUGCGUCGACUUAUUCUUUGAUGAGAAGUAUUCCAUAGAGCCAUCCUGGGAGUGUAAGUUCGACCACAUCGAGGUCCGUGAUGGGCCCUUUGGUUUCUCGCCCAUCAUCGGUCGCUACUGUGGGCAGGAAAUCCCAGCAUAUGUCCGCUCCAGUGGGAGAUACCUCUACAUCAAGUUUGUGGCUGAUAGUGAACUGGAGGCCAUUGGUUUCGCUGCCCGGUAUAACUUCACACAAGAUCCUGAGUUCAAAGACCUCGGGGAACUGCCGGCUCUGCCAUUUUGUGAGUUUGAGCUGAGCGGUCCAGAAGGCUUUGUAGAAUCCACACAGAUAGCCGGAGAGGGCCAGGCGCUGCAGACCGAGGCUGUAGACUGCAGGUGGUUCAUCAAGGCUCCACCAAGAGCUAGGAUCUACAUGCGUUUUCUAGAAUAUGAGAUGCACAACUCCAAUGAGUGCAAACGUAACUUUGUUGCCAUCUACGACGGCAGCAGUUCGGUCGAGCACCUGAAGAAUAAAUUCUGCUCCACGGUGGCCAACGAUGUCAUGCUGGCGUCCUCUGUAGGCGUGGUGAGACUGUGGGCAGACGAGGGGAGCAGGAAGAGCAGAUUCAAGAUCCUCUUCACAACCUUCCAUGAACCUCCGUGUGAAGGAGACACUUUCUUUUGCCAUAGCAACAUGUGCAUCAACAACACCCUAGUCUGCAACGGUAUCCAGAACUGUGUUUACCCAUGGGACGAGAAUCACUGCAAAGAGAAGAGGAAAGCCAGUAUCCUGGACACGCUGGAUCACACUAACCUCACUAUCAUUGGUGUAACCUGUGGCCUGGUUAUCAUCCUGCUCAUCAUCUCUGUCAUCAUCCAGAUCAAACAGCCUCGCAAGAAAUACAUCAUCCGCAGAGAUGACUUUGACCCUGCCCUCCUCCAUCCUGGUUUUGAGCCUCCUCACUAUGAGCUCUGCACUCUGCGACGCACCCCAUCCGGUGACCUGACUGACGCCGCCCUGGCUGAGGACUUCGAGAAGUUCCACAAGCUCCGCUGCUCCUCCAAAUGCAUCCGCGACCACCACUGCGGUCAGGAGAGCUUGCAUGGCAGCAUCCAUGGUAGCCGCAGCAAUCUGAGCAUGAGGGAUGCUACCAUUGCAGCAGACGGGGGGGUUCUUGCGCCGCCAGCGUUGCCACCAGUGAUGGUGAGCCAGCAGUCUCCACGCCUCUCCCACCACACUACACCAGCAAGUCGAAGGAGCAUCCUCGUGAUGAAGCAUAGCUAUUCUCAGGACGCGGCAGGGGGGUACAGGGCGGAGGAGGAGGAUGAUAUGAUGAUGAAUGAUGGUCCCACCACCAGCCAGCAUCAUAUGCACCACCAUCAGAUCCACCAUGGCAUGCCAGGGCUGGACCACACUGUCCACCGUACACUGUCUAAUGACUUCUAA